AUGACUACAGGGUGUCUGGGUCAGGACAACGGGAGUGUGACUUACACCCCCAGGAGAGUCUGCUCCUUAGAGGGCUCUUCUGUGACCAUGCCCUGCUCUUACACAUUUCCCAAGGGUCACAAAGUCACAACAGCUUUCUGGUUCAAAGGUCAAGUGCCUGGUGCUGAGUCUCUGGAUCUGAAUUUGAACCCUGAGUACAAAGGCCGUGUGGAGUAUCUAGGGGACAGUAACCAACUCUGUACACUGAGAAUCACAGACCUGAGAGAGAGCGAUUCAGGAACCUACAGCUUCCUGUUUGGGACUGACGUCAAUCCUGGGGGGUGGAUGGGGAAUCCAGGAGUCAGGUUAAAUGUCACAGCUUUGGACGGCGAGUGGGCAGACCUUACCUGUGGCUCCUGCUUCUUGAGUGAAAAUCCCACCUACACCUGGUACAGGGACAAACAGCCUUUGAACUACACCAACAAGGUCAGGGUUAUGGCCAACUACCUGGAACUAGACCCGCAGAGAGGAUUCCCUGGUCCGGCAGUGGUCCUUGUAGUGGGAUACUUCCCAAAGAACACCUCAGUGUCAGUCACAGUCAGUCCCUCUGGUGAAAUAGUGGAGGGCAGAUCAGUGACUCUGACCUGCAGCAGGGAUGCCAAGUCCCCAGUGGACAAAUACACCUGGUACAAGAAGAAUGAAGAACGGACGGGGUUCUCAGAAAAAGGAUCAGGGCAGAGUUACAUCAUCCUUAAAAUGAGCAAUGAGGACAGUGGGCAGUACUUCUGUAAGGCUGAGAAUCAAUACGGACCACUUGACUCUGCAACUGUGCAUCUCAGUAUAGCAGGUAAACCAGUGUUUCCCUGGGCUCCCGUUGUGGGGGUGGUGGCUGUGUUGGCAGCUGGAGCUCUGCUCGUCAUCCUCUAUGGCACACUGAAGAAGAGGAAAACCCCAAGAGGAAUGAACUUUAUAGGGGAGGCACAGAUGGCACCUUGUGGUAAACCGACACACACGGCACAGUCUGAUGACACGUACAUGACUCUGAAUAAAAGGACAAUGUCUCCUGAGUAUGACACUCUGGCUAAUGUCAGACACGCUGUUGGCUGAAGACCCUAUGCCUGCGACCUCAACAGAAAUAGGGUUAGAAGUGAACACCAUAUAACCGUUUGAAAAUGAUUAAAAAAGGGUAUAAUUUUUAAAUGA